UCAUCCUGUCUACGUCAUUGUGACGUAGUGCGUUGCGUGGGCUAGCUAUAGCAGCAUUAGCUGUGUAACGGUGAUGCUCUAGAGGGUCUCUGAAGAUUUCCGAAAUAUCGACGCAGAUCGACAUUUCUGAGAGGAUCUAAUUAAUGCUCUGUGCCAUGUCCCUGAAGAGCCCAUCAGACCUGCUCAAUGAAAACACGUACAUCCCUCCUUCCUUGACCCUUGACCAGCUCUGCUUAUCAUAUGAAAGAAGGUUGGGCCCGACAGAGACUCGUGGGUCAGAUGCUUUCUCUCUAAAGAGUCAACUUAAUAACGGCAGCACAAACUCUCUCCAGCUUCUCAAAGGCAUUAUGGGAGGACUAGAUGAUAAUGAUGAUGUGUCCCUGCGGCACCAGGAAGAUGAAUGGAGCAGAAAUCAUGAGAAUGAGCACAGCCUUCCAGUCUCUGAGAGCAACGCCAAGUGGAUGAAGGAAGGUCAGAAUCAAUUAUGCAAGUUAGCAGAGCAACAGCAAGACCAGAAUCUGAACCUGGUUGAAAACAAGAAUGAAUCUACUGACAGAAACCCAAACCAGAACUCACAGCGGCGUCAUGAGGAGAAGAACAAGACCCUGAAAGCGCUCUGCUCUGAGCACAGCUGGGCAGACGAUCAGCCUCUUCUGAUUUACUCUUCUAACACUCUGAUGGAGAACAACCAAGAAAACCAAGAGCACACGAGAGACCAGGAAGUAGAGAGAGAGGAAGAGGAACAUUUAAAUCCCAGUGGAGCAGAGGGCGCAGAUUCGCCUGAGAUUCAGAAGAAAGGAGGUGAAGGUGGCAGCAGAAAUGCUUGUUUAUUAUUCAGUAAAAACGUCAUUCCCAGCGACGAGGAGUCCAGCUGCAUGUCUCUGUCUCAGGGAAGCACUGCAAGCAGCACCCCGGACGGAGAGCCAGAGUCCUACUGGGAUGGCAGUGCUUUUGAAACAGAUACGGAUCUGCCGGCUGGAUGGAUGAGGGUGCAGGACACAUCAGGCACCUACUACUGGCACAUCCCCACAGGGACCACGCAGUGGGAGCCACCUGGACCCCUGGAGGAGAGAGCAGCCAGCACCUCACCUGCGCUCACACCUGCUGACCAGCCUCAGAUGACAUGGAGCGGUGUUUCUCACCCAAACUCAUUCACUGAGGAAGAGCACUGGCAGAAGGUGGACGUGGCUUCUGAUGAAAGUCUGAAGGAGUUUGAGGGAGCGACUCUACGUUAUGCCUCCAUCAAUCUCAGGUUUUCUCAGUCUGAGGAGGAAGAGGAACAGACUUCUUUGAGCAGUAAUGAGGGGGCGAAGCAGUGCUUCGCAGUGCGUUCUCUGGGCUGGGUGGAGAUCUCAGAAGAGGAGAUGGCUCCUGGAAGGAGUAGUGUUGCUGUUAAUAACUGUAUCCGACAGCUGUCCUACCAGAAGCACAAUCUAGAUGACACCGCUGGCAUCUGGGGCGAGGGGAAGGAGAUGCUUCUGGUGCUGGAGAAUGAGUCUCUGAACCUGAUCGAGCCUCACGGUCGAACGCUGCUGCACUCUCAGCCCAUCAUCAGCAUCCGUGUGUGGGGAGUCGGACGUGAUGAUGGCAGGGACUUUGCAUAUGUGGCACGAGACAAGUUGACUCAUGUGCUCAAGUGUCAUGUAUUUCGGUGUGACACCCCUGCUAAGAACAUCGCCACAAACCUGCAUGACAUCUGCUCAAAGAUAAUGGCCCAGAGGAAGUCAUCCAGCAGACUGAACCCUGACCCCUCAAGACUUGGGGACCUCCCCUUCCAGGAGUUCCCAGUUCCCAAGAAUGAGCUGGUCCAGCGCUUCCAGGUGCGCUACCUGGGUCGUGUGCCAGUGACGAAGCCAGCUGGCAUGGAUGUGAUUAAUGUGGCACUGGAGACUGCUCUUAACAGCAAAGAUAAGGAUUGGACACCUGUGACAGUGAACGUGGCGUCCGCUACACUCACUAUUCUGACUUCUGAGGCGGAGGAAGUUCUUUCUGAAUGUCGUGUGCGUUUCCUGUCAUUUAUGGGAAUUGGGAAGGAUGUGCACACGUUUGCGUUCAUAAUGGCAGAGGGACCUGGAGACUUCAUAUGUCACAUGUUCUGGUGCGAUCCAAACGCUGCGAGUCUAAGUGAGGCCGUACAGGCCGCCUGUAUGCUGCGGUAUCAGAAGUGUUUGGACGCUCGGCCCCCCAGCGGUGGCAGCUCUUGUCUGCCCGGGCCGCCUGCUGACUCUGUGGCCCGCAGGGUGGGAUCCAGCGUGAAGAAGGGGGUUCAGAGUCUGCUGGGGAGCUUCAAGAGAUCUGGAUCUCAGACACCCUAAUGAGGAAAACACCUCCUCUGCAGUGCUCACUACAGAUAUGUUUAGUUCUGUGUGUGUUUGUGUGUUUUAUGGCUCGUUCACACCACUGCGACUGUCCUCCUGCGGUUAGCAGGCAAAAGAACCAGAAGACACACAAGUUAAGCUAACAGAUAUUGCAUCAUUACAAUCACAUUUCAUUAGCUUUUUCUGUUGGUUUGCAUUAGCAGAAGUACUGCAGAAGUGAUUUAGCACUGCUGGGUAUUACCAAGAUUGGAUUCUCAGUGUAAUGGAUAUUACGUGCACUACACGCUCUAAUGAACAAAUAUUACGCAUGCUAUCAAAAAACACUAAAAUUAGCUUAUAUACUAUGCAAUGGGCUUUUUUAUUUUUGGUUCUUCCUCUGGCUUUGCAUUGACGCUAACUUUUUUUUUCUUCUGAAAGAGCAAGUUAUAUGUUUUCUUAAUUUGUCCUAAUAUUGCUUUGGAGUCCCCUACAACAAGUUUAAAUGCAUCUAAGGUCAGAAAACACUGUCAUUUUACAGAGAGUCAUUUGUCCAUGAUUUCGAAAUGGUUCGUUCAGUUCUGAGCAACUUGUCUGUAAACCCCUCCCUUCCAUAAGCCUGCUCUGCUCUGAUUGGACAGCUGGCCAAGCCUGUGGUGAUUGGCACAAAGAGGAGCGCUAGAGCAAGUUAGCUUUUUUAAGUUCUUAAAAUGUUUUUGUCAUUAUUUUUUAACACGUAUGCCAGCAAAUUGUGCCCACAGCUAAAGUUUAGCUGCUAAACUGUAAACAAAACAAAACAUUAAUGGUGGAUACGUUAGCCAAAUGACUAACUGAUGAAACAAUACAGUCUGAAAAUCUAAAUGUCUACUGUAAUGUCUGAAGAACGUCAGACAAAAGACGCUUUGUGUCUUAACUCGUCUCUACUGAGUAUUUUACUCCCUGCAUUAACCCUCUACUACAUAAACAGUACUUUCACAAUGCUUAUAAAGUCUGUGCGCUACACUACAUUCUUUAUUAUUAAGUGUAAAUAGAACAACAUCAGUCUACAUUAAUCGACACACUCUUAGGAAAUAGUGGGUUCACAGCGAAUUAUAACUAUUUCAGUGAAACACUAAUAUCGUGCUUUACCUGGGAACCUAAAGCUGCAUUAGGUAUACAUCACAUUACCACAAAACCACAAAAACUAGAUAUUUUGAGCACUCAAUUGAAAAUGUACACAUAACGUAUCAAUCGUACUUACAGGUUGUGGUUGGGAGAUGCUUGUUAGUCAGAUAAAAGGCAAGAUUAGAGAAGCAGUCCUCAGUAAAAUGACGAGCACAACCAAAGGUUUGAAUUGAAUUACUGUGGUAUCGUAGAACACAGAGAGUGUUCAGGAGGGGACUAAUGUGUUACCCAGUGACAUAUACCGGUAACAGACAGAAGAUCUGAAAAUAUAACGACUCGUUGAGGCGAUUCUGAGUCGACUCUUUUCUUUUCAUCAUGCACUUUUUUGAUUAAAACAUUAGCAAACGUUUACAUUGAAGGAUAGCUACCUUACAAACUGCAUGAGAUACUUUUCAAAAACCCAUAUGACCAGCUCUUGAAGAACCCCAGAGUUCGUAACCUCUGUAUGCUGUUUACCCUAAAAACACAGUGUGACUCUCAUGUUCAAACCUGCACACAUUCCAGAAGUCUGUUUCUGACUCCACUGUCUUUGACUUCAUGAAAGAAAUGCAGUUCCACAGAUAUUCUACUUGCCUUGCUUACCACAAGUCACAAAGCCUUUUAACUCCUUCCAUUAUAGUUGAUGUCGAUGUUUGUUAAAAAUUAACUUAACUUAUAUUAUACUUUACUGUACAUUUACCCACUCUGUCAGUUUGUGAACUUAGACUAUUUUAUUCAUUUGUAAAAUAGAAUUAACAUAUCCUAGUCUUCCAAAGUGUAUUUGCUCAUUAAGAAAGCCCCGCUUUAAAUGAGCACAUUUCUAUUAUUAUUAUUAUUUUAAUUUCUUUAAUAUUUUUGUUCAUGUUUGAUAUGUUGGAUGGCUUUAUCUUGAUAAACAAUAACAAAAAGGCAUUUUAUGAUCAAAAACACAAACUUCAACACAAACAAAAUUCUCUUGAGGGUGCUCGGUUGUGUUUUUGUUUUUUGUCCCUCUUUUAAAGGGGUCAUAUGACGUU